AUGACUGUCACAGGGUCCACCUCGGCAGAGAUCGCCUCGUCGACCUAUGUGCCACCCUACAAGGCCACAACAUCCUAUGCGCAGACUCCCGACGUAACAGGAUCCGUAACCAGCGCCUUGCCCGUGGACCCAACGGUAUCUGCGACUGGCUCCAACUAUGCCGCUGCAUAUCUCGAUGCCCAUCAUAUGAGCUGGCCCUCAUAUCGAUACAUCUAUCUCCUGUGGUUUGCUAUUUCCGCACUCACCCUCCUAUAUGCUUUAUCACAUCAUGUGAGGCUUUCUGGCGGAUCCCUGGGAGCGACAUAUUCCAAAUGGGGUAUCAAGAGACGACCCUUCGGAAAAGCCUCUGCGAGCGGAAGAAGGGCCGUGCUGCCGAGCAACAACUUGAUCCUUUCGGUACUGGUUCUCAUUGCCAUAUCAGUCGUGCUUUCUGUGGUCGGUCCUGAUUAUAUCAGGCCGUCUGCCUCAACAUUCAGCUAUGCUGCCACGCGUAAAAGGAGCUUUGUUGGGUACUCUAUCAGCAAAGCCUUUUGGACGUCGGGAAAUCGGUUCGGAGAUAUGGCUUUCGCCCUGAUGCCUCUUGUGGUGCUAUUCGCUCUCAAAGCACCUCCUUUCGCGGUUUUCUCCGUACGAUACCUCGCCCAUCUCUACAACGACAAACUCGCUCUAUUUCAUCGAGCUGCCGCGUGGAUUGUAUGGGGACUCACCACUGUGCACACUGUGCUGUGGACGAUUCAGUUGUUCAAAGACCAACACGACGGAAAAGCAGUAUGGUUCGCUGCUUGGAGCAGCUACCAUUUCAUUUUUGGGUGUGUCGCCUACGGCUGUAUGACGGCAUUGAUGGCAUUGUCUCUGAAACCUAUCAGGAAGAACGGGUACGAGUUCUUCUACAUUGCCCACGUCGUUUUGGUUGCCGCCACGAUCGCGUGCUCUGCCAUUCACCAUCCAAUCUUAUGGUAUUGGAUGGCGGCUGCCGGAGGUUUGUGGGUGUGUGAACGGACUGUCCGGUUCCUACGCAUGAUUCGUAUCAAUGGCCUUUUCGGUAAAAACAAUUACGGUUCUCUUGUGGCCGGAAAACCCUACGACGAAAACACCUUUCGGCUCCAGGAGAUCAAGCGCUCGUCGCACUAUAUCGAACCCUCUCAUCAAUUUGUCAAUCCAUACGACAAGACGCUUCCAAAUGCCCCUGCCAUGAGUCGAUCUAGUUCCCAACCUCUUGAUGACUUUGGGCAUCGCGGCCAGCAAGGACCUUACGACGAAGGUUCGUUCCAAGCUGUUGGCUCUUAUGAAGCUCGACACGGCAACCGGUUCUCCCCUCCCCAGUCCCAAGGCGAGUUCCCUGGCACUGCCGAACGGACCCAUUCUAUCGCUCCAAGUAUUCUCCGAAAUUUCCCGGUCUACACGCCUACUGCGAUCCCCAUUGGAUGUGCGCAGGCUCAGCUACUACCAUCAAGGACUGUGCGCUUGACUGUACGAGUCGCGAGGCCUUUCCAUUGGGCACCGGGUCAGAGUGUCUUGCUCUAUCUCCCAGAGCUUUCCUGGUCACAAUCACAUCCUUUCACCAUACUCAAUAACGACCCCACAGAGAUCAUGUUACUUGUCAAGGCCAGAAAAGGCUUGACUCGAAACCUUUACGAUCUUGUUCGUCAACGUUCGCUAGCCGCAGUCGGUAUCAAUAAUGUCAAAGACAAGCGAAUAUCCUUGGCAUCCAUGCAGACCGGCCGCAACAACCUGCACGUACCCCCCAUCUUUCUCAGAGCCCGAAUUGACGGCCCUAUGGGUUCAUCGGAGCGUGUGCGAUGGAAGGAGCACUCGACAGUACUUGUCGUCUGCGGCGGUUCCGGCGUGAGUUUCGGCACCUCUGUCUGCGAGUAUGUGUGUACCACCAUCAAGAAUGGACUGGGGAAAACGAAAAGAAUCCGAUUUUGCUGGGUUGUAAGAGAGUAUGCGGAGAUCGCGUGGGUCGCUGGUCUACUGAGAAGAUGCCAAGACAUGGUUACGGCCGACCAGCUUCAGAUUGACAUCUUUGUCACCAAUGCGAGGAAGUCCAUGGGAAAUUUCGCUUUGCCCCGUCCAGUCUUUGCUCGUGCAGACCACUCCCGCGCAAACUCGAUGGACUCUGCAAUCAGUGAAAUGAGCGUCAACCCUCAGGCAGACAUGGACGAAGCUGUGGACAGCACGCUUGAUGCGAGUUAUGCCGAUGUCAUUGAUCUGACCAACUACGAAGACGAGGAGGAUGUUGACGACCCUGCUGAAAAUCAGCUUUCCAACAAGCUUGAAGAGCAGGGAAAGAUUAGGCGAGCUAGGUCUCGACGAGUCGCCAAGGGACGAUCCUCCCGCAUGUCUUAUCCUCAACCAACAUCCUACCCGCCUACUCGGGUGCAGGGACUGUAUGACCCAGCACCCAGCCACGAGGAUGGCUAUGCGGGAUUGUCAGGUCCCCCGGGCCGAAAUUCACCCGCUAGCAGUGUCUAUAACCCAUUCCAAGACGGACAAGCGCCCCAUGGUUACUCUUCAGCGGCCAUGUCCCCGUCAAAUUCCCAGUCCAUGCUCCCGCCAAGUGCCUCCUUUGCGUCUUUUGGCGGUCACAACCCCAGACAAUCCAUCCACUCGGUCGCCAACUCUACUUAUAGCAUGGGUGACCUUUACGGCGGAGGCUCCAUCUAUAACCCACCGGACAGCCCGUCGAUGGGCCACGCGGCUUUGUUGGAUGAUGUAGGAUCCAUCUAUGGCGCGGACGCUUCCCUCAGGGAUCCUCGAGAGCUGAGCCAGAUUCGGGAUGCUCUCUCGAGGACAUCGCGGACUCAGAGCAUGGUCUUACUGGAAAGCGGAGAUACGGAUCCCACUUCAGACGCUGGUUUGUGGAUUGAUGAAUCAGACUACGCAGCAAUGGGGGUAAUGAGUGAGAUGGCCAGAGCGGGCAAACCGAAAUUGUCGGCUGUAAUGGAAGAAGAAAUAGAAUUGGCGCAAGGGAGUAUGAUUGUAGCUACGUGCGGCCCAGUGACAUUGAACACCGUCGUACGCAAUAUUGUAUCGAAAAAUAUAUCGCCUUCACGUAUACGUCACGGAGACACUAGAGGGAGAAUUGUAGUGUAUAGCGAAGAUUACGAAGGUUAG